AUGCUAACAUUGUUAAAUUUAUCCAAAGACUCAGCUGAUGCUAUUAAAUCAUUUUUGUUUGUCGAUGAAGCUCAUUAUCCUCUUGACUCAGAAAAAUGACUGAUUGAAAGCAAGUUAAGUUAAGUUAUUUUUGUAAGGCCUUAAGCGGCUGAGCCACUGACCUCAACACCUCAGCUCGAAAGACGACUCCCGGUCGGGUUCUGAUGUGGCCAUACUCCCAGGCCAGACGCCAUCUUGAUUUCUGGUCAAACCACCUGUCCAAGGAUCAGCUCCUUUGGACAGAGCCACUUCUGUCUGAGUGCCCGAUGGUCCCGAUGAAGGAAGACCAUGUGGUAGGAAAAACCUGUCUAGCCCGUCUGGCAGGGACAGGGAAAACCUUCGGGGGAGGAAUAAAACUUCCUUUCGGCACGGCUUCCCCACAACUGAAGGCCUACUUAGGACAGGAAUGAGACCUGUGUCUUCAGCUUCAUCAGCAAUGGAUCCUACCAGCUCCAUAGGAGGUGAGCCUCGGAGUCCAAUUUCCGUCAACGUCACCAUUUUAUUUCUUUGAUUGAAAGCAAGGAAUUUAAAACAUUUUCAAUCGAAGAAUCAAAAAUUGAAGAAUUAUUUAAAGGACUCUCAUCUUUUCCAAGUGAUUUAAAUUGUAACUCCUCUUCAAACUGCUUACAAUUUCAAACUUUAAAUAUUCAAAACUUUCACAAUCCUAUAAUUUUUGAAUUUUCACAGAAUUUUAUAAGGGGCUGAAAACGAAAUUUGUUGGAUCUUCCCAAAACAAUUGAAAAUUUUUGCCCUGGUGGCCUUAUUUGAAAUUUUUCAAAUAAAGAAAAUAAUCAAGAAACAAUAUCUUGCAGAAAAUAUAGAAAAUUCCUGGGGAUAGCGCGGAAUACGCUAUCCCCAGGACCAACCGGGAUCGGAUCCCACAUGGAACGAGGGUUCCAUGUGUGGAUCCAUUUUUCACACACGUGAAAGUAAAAUAUCUCACAUGUAAAAAAUGGAUCCACACAUGGAACUCCCGUUCCAUGUGUGAAUCCGAUCCCGGUUGGUCCUGGGGAUAGCGUAUUCCGCGCUAUCCCCAGGAAUUAUCUAUAUUCAAUAUCUUCACAGCUAAACGAAAUCAAUUUCAUACAGAAAAUUGGCGAAGUCAUCUACAUUGGAGGAGGAGGAGGAGGUUUUUCAUAUACUAUUAAAACCCAAGAUUCUCAUACCUCAGCAUUAAUUUGAAACAUUUUACCCAAAAAUUCUGAUUCCUUCUUUAAGUCCUAUCAUAAAUUUGAAAAUUCAAAAUGCCUAAUCUGUAAGAAGCUAAUUUAUAUGGAUUUGAUCACUUCUGUAAUGCUAAAGAAUAAUAAAUUAGAGGUAAAUGAUAUCAAUAUGAAAGCAGUAUCAAUAUAUACAAAAAUUUAGAAGAAUAUGCAGUUUUAUACCAAAGACAGCUUAA